AUGGUGAGGCAGCAGAGCGCACGGUGCCGCCCCAUGGCGGCGAUGAUAGCGGUGGUGAUGCUGCUGGGUAUCGCUGCCCGCGGCGCCAUCGCACGACCCGCCCCGCCAGCUGGCGAGUCCCCAUCCCCUUCUCCCUCUGGGGGCGAAUCUCCCUCGCCCUCCCCCGCUGCCGGAGAGUCGCCAUCCCCUUCUCCCUCCGGCGGCGCGUCGCCGUCCCCCUCGCCGAGCGCUGGAGAGUCACCAUCUCCCUCCCCGGCUGCUGGAGGCGAGUCACCGUCCCCCUCCCCCUCCGCCGGCGAAUCGCCCUCGCCCUCCCCCGCCGCCGGCGAAUCGCCCUCUCCGUCCCCGCAGGCCGGAGAGUCCCCAUCCCCCUCACCCGGCGCAUCGCCCUCCCCGGCCCCGGGCGCCUCCCCGUCCACGGAAGGAGGGUCACCCAACCCCUACGCGUCCGCCUCACCUUCCCCAGGCGCCUCCCCUGCGCCCUCCGCGUCCCAGGCGGCGCCCGCGGCGCUCGCUUCCCUCCAGUCUGGCGAGGUCUCCGGAGCCGCUCAGGCCAUCUCGUCGGCUCCCGCCGGGGGCGGCGCGGCGACCCAGGCGGUGGCUGCCGCGGUCGCCGAGGCCGCACAGUCCGGCAACGUCAACUCCAUCGCGCAGGCAACCGCCCAGGCGGCCGCCAAGAACCCCGACGCCACCGCCAACGUCCUCGCCUCCGCGGGCGUCGCGUCGGUCGCGCGCGGCGCUACCUCCAGCUUCGCGGCGGCGCAGGCGCAGGCGCUGUCGGCGGCGCAGCAGGCGGGGACGACCACGCAGGUCACGCAGGCCGUGGCGCAGUCCCGCACCCAGCCUCACUCCCACCCCGCCGUCUUCCAUAUCGGCUGCCUGUCUGUGCGUGGUGUUGCGCAGGCCACCGCCCAGAGCGCGGCGUCCAACCCAGUGGCGGCCAGCCAGGUCCUGGCGCAGUCCUUUGUGCAGAGCGUCAACCAGGGCGUUUCGCAGUCUUUUGCGUCAGCGACCGCCCAGGCCUUCAGCGUGGCCGAGCGCCAGGGCACCACCAACUCCCUGGCCGCCUCUGUGGCCGUCGCCUCGACUGAUGCGGCCGCCCAAAACACACAGGCCGCCGCGCAGGCGCUCGCCCAGACGGCCACCCAGGCCGUCAGCCAGGGUGUCACGCAGAGCUUUGCCCAGAGCCAGUCCCUCGCGUUUGCAGCCGCCCGCCAGCGCGGCGUUGUGCAGUCCUACGCCUCGGCCGUUGCCAGUGCCAUCCAGCAGGGCGGCACCCAGGCUCGCGACGCCUACGCCGCAUCGAUGGCCACCGCCAUAUCCGCCGGCGGCGCCCAGGCAACCGGCCUGGCCCAAGCCACGGCUGCCGUGUUCUGCCAGGGCGGUGCGGCCGCCGAGGCGUAUGCCGAGGCGCUCAGCAUUGCCAUCAACAAAGACCCCAAGACAGGCUGCACGGUUAUUACGGAGGCUCGCUCCUUUGCCUAUGGUGAGCCCGCAGGCAAUGGAAGUGCCGCGGGCGCCUCGGCCAGGGCCGGGGCCGAGGUUUCGUCGCGCAUCCUCGGGGUGUGCAACAUCAAGCCCGACGCCCCCGUGGCACCUGCGCCCCCCGAGUCGCCGCCGCCGCCGCCGUCUGGUGGUGGUGGUGGUGGUGGUGGUAGUGGUGGUGGCGGCGGCGGGUUCGCCUUCAACAUCCCGGGGUUCCCCUCGCUCCCAUCAUUCGGCUCCUCGUUCCCGGGCUUCUCGCCGAUCACGUUCCCGGCCUUCCCAGCCUUCCCUGGGUGA